AUGCCAUGCGCAGUUCCGUGCGACAUAAUCCCCUGCGACAAGCGUUGCGACGAGAGACUGGGCUGCGGACACCGCUGUCCGAGUCUCUGCGGCGAGAAAUGCCCUGAUCAGAAGUUCUGCCAGACAUGUGGCAAUACAGAUGCUCUUGAACGGAAGGUCGAUCUUAUUACGUUUGAUAAGUACAGGGAAAUUAACCUCGACGAAGACCCAUGCGUGUUCCUCCCCUGUGGGCACUUCUACGCAGUUUCCAGUCUCGACGGAAUCAUGGAAAUCAAGAAAUUCUACAAUGUCGACCCUGCAACGGACACGAUCAUCAGCCCGAAAUGGACGCAGCGAGAAAUGAUCGGUGACUCCAAGCUUCGUGGCUGUCCAGAGUGUCGCCUACCCCUUCGAGACAUCCCCCGCUAUAAUCGGAUUGUGAAGAAGGCAAUACUAGACCAGUCAACUAGGCGGUUUAUCAUCAAGGCAAACUCGACUUACCAAACACUCGUCAGUGCAGUUUCAAGGCGUGAGGUGGAGCUCGAAAAUACCAGUUCAGAAUUCCUCCUCCAAUGUGCAACGGUGGCAGAACAACUCGGAAAUCUCAAUGUUUACAAACCUACUAUAUCGAUAAAGAAAGAGGAUGAACUGCAAACAAGAAUCCAGAAGUUCAUCGAUGUAACGGCCGCUUCAGAGCAGCCAUAUGGGAAAGUAAAAGCUUUGCUCGCGUCUUCGGCUUCUCGAACGGAUACUGUGAAAAGCCAUAUCUUUCAGAUCGAGGAAUCGAAGAUUCAAACUGGAUUCCAAAUUUGCGGGCAGCUUCUCCACCUUCGUCUCACAUGGGCCAUCCUAUGGAACUACAAGGUGAUAUUCACUAAUGUCUAUGUUGACCCGAAUUUGCGUUCUAAGAUAUGCGACGCGGCGGAAACCCCAGCCCAACAACUUAUCGACUUUUCUCAAUCCGUCCGCCAUAGCAGUAGUGCGGCGAAGCUCUUAGCACACGAGGUCGAAGCAAUGAUAUACUACGCAUUAUUCUCACUGCUGUCCCUGACCAUCUCCGAGACAAAAGGACAAACAUCAAGCACUGAUGCCACCCACGAUCUCAACGAACAAGCAUCAACCAUACUACAAGAGUGCGAAACCCUCCGUUCCAACAAUCCGGGCGUUCUGGGAUUCCUGAAAGGCGACAUCGACAAAGCAAAGGGACUCUUGAAAGGCGCGACAUUCUACAGUUUUGUCACAACGGAGGAAAAGAAACAGGUCUACCUUGCCAUGGCGACUCAGUUGCCGGGGAUUGGACACUGGUAUUACUGCCGGAACUAUCAUCCUGCCAAUGUGGACUGCCAGCGGAAGAAGCUCGGUGUCCGCAAUGCGGAGCGCCCAUUGGAGGACUUAGAAAUGUUCAUUCUGAGGGGGUCACCCAUGCGAUGGAUUAUGAGCAGUUUGGUUAUAAUUCAUUUUCUGAGUUUUAGCCAUUGUACGGGGAAGACAUGGCUCUGA